AUGUCGGCUUCAAGUUUCAUAAAUGCCUUGCGUCGCUUCUUGGCUAUCAGAGGGCCAGUUCAACAUCUGUGUUCAGACAGAGGGACAAACUUCAUUGGCGCCUGUGGAGAACUGCAAAUCAACACAGAGGACACAGAGAUAAAAAACUUCAUGCUAGAUCGAGGCUGCACCUGGUCAUUUAAUGCACCACACUCAUCGCACAUGGGAGGAGCAUGGGAAAGGAUGGUUGGGGUCGCACGCCGUAUCCUUGAUGGUCUCCUGUUGAAAGAGAGAGCUACAAGACUCACACAUGAGGUUCUGACUACACUAAUGGCUGAAGUCAUGGCCAUCAUGAACUCUCGACCUUUGACCCCCGUCUCAUCAGAUGCAGAAAUGCCUCAAGUUCUCUCACCAGCAAUGCUGUUGACUCAAAAAGCCAGUGUUGCACCUGCUCCACCAGGAGAUUUUAAGAUUGACCACCUACACAAAAGCCAGUGGCGUCAGGUCCAGAGCCUAGCAGACUGCUUCUGGAAAAGAUGGAGGCAGGAGUACUUGGCCACGCUGCAGCCUAGGAGGAAGUGGACGGAGGUCAGACCGAAUCUUCAGGAAGGUGACGUCGUCCUGGUUAAAGACGGUCAGGUGAAACGCAACGAAUGGCCGGUCGGGCUCAUCACGAAGACCAUACCAAGCAGUGACAACAGAGUUUGUAAGGUCAUGGUGAAGACUGUCAAGCAAGGAACUGUAAAAGAGUACUUAAGACCUAUUAACGAGUUAGUUGUGCUUCUACCCAACGCUAAUAAUUAA